GACGUGUCAUUGCUGACAUGUCACUCUUCUUCUUCAACCUCCCCCGUCAAAUCUCAACAACCCAAAACACCACUUCGCCGUCGGUCCAAAGCCAUGAAACCCCCAAAAAACCACCAGAAACAACACCAACAGAUCCCAAAACCCAAAGCCAACAAACCCAUCAAAGAGAUCCUAUGGGUUUCCCUUGUAGCCACUUGCAUCAAACUCCUCCUCAUCCCAGCUUAUCACAGCACAGAUUUCGAAGUCCACCGUAAUUGGCUUGCUAUUACUCACUCCCUUCCCCUUUCUCAAUGGUACUCUGAUCAAACUAGCCCAUGGACCCUCGAUUACCCUCCCUUUUUUGCCCAUUUCGAGCAUUUCCUUUCUUUCUUUGCUUCUCUUGUGGACCCCAUCAUGGUCCAUCUUCAUCAUGGGCUCAAUUACAAAUCAUUGCCCACGAUUUAUUUUCAAAGACUUACUGUUAUAAUAUCUGAUUUUGUGUUGGUUUUUGGUAUUUAUAGAUUGACAAGGAAUUUGGGGUAUAAAGAGAGAGUCUUGAUCUGGGUUUUGGUUAUUUUUUCGCCUGGGUUGAUGAUUGUGGACCAUUUGCAUUUUCAGUAUAAUGGGUUUCUUUUGGGGAUGCUUUUGAUUUCGAUUUCAGCUUUGGAGGAAGGGAAUGAUUUGCUAGGUGGUUUUGUUUUUGCAAUUUUGUUGUGUUUUAAGCAUUUGUUUGCUGUUGCUGCUCCUGUUUAUUUUGUUUAUUUGUUGAGGCAUUAUUGUAGGGGUGGGUUGAUUAGAGGGUUUGGAAGAUUGGUUAUUAUGGGGAGUGCUGUUGUCACUGUUUUUGCUGCUGCUUAUGGCCCUUUUCUGUAUCAUGGACAGAUACAGCAAGUGUUCCAUCGAAUGUUUCCUUUUGGUCGGGGACUCUGUCAUGCUUACUGGGCUCCCAACUUCUGGGUAUUCUAUAUAAUUUUUGAUAAAGUGUUAGCAUUUUUACUUGUAAAAAUGGGUUUCAACGUCCAAGCACCGACAGCUUCAUUCACUGGUGGACUAGUUGGGGACUCCACUCCUUUUGCUGUGUUACCUAGAAUCACGCCCAUGAUUACCUUCGGUUUUGUCUUGCUUGCAAUAGCUCCAUGUCUUAUAAAGGCUUGGAGAGAACCCCAACCAAGGAUGAUUACUAGAUGGAUAGCCUAUGCUUACACAUGCGGCUUUAUGUUUGGCUGGCAUGUUCAUGAGAAAGCUUCACUUCACUUUGUGAUUCCCCUUGCCAUCAUUGCCUUGAAAAGUGUGGAAGAUGCAAAACACUAUUUCUAUUUGUCCAUAGUGUCCUGCUAUUCUCUUUUCCCGCUAUUAUUUGAAGCCCAAGAGUAUCCAAUUAAGGUUCUCUUACUGCUGUUACAUGCUUCACUGAUGUGGAUUGGGUUCUCCUCGCAUUUUGCGACAACUGCUAGAAAAACAGCUGAAUCUGAACAGAAAAGAUAUGACAAAACGAGGUUCGUCAUUGGUUGGUUUGGGAAGUUAUACUUGGUAGGUCUCCUGGCUGUUGAGAUAUAUGGACAAUUAGUUCAUCCUAUCCUCUUCACUGAGAGGCUUCCUUUCUUGCCUCUUAUGUUGAUCAGCAUAUACUGUGCCUUUGGAAUGAUGUACUCUUGGAUGUGGCAGUUGAGGCAGAUUAUUAAGUUACAUUAACACAUGUAGGAUACAAAUACCAGCUGCUUAUAUACAUAUAGUUUAGUACACGUAGCUAAAAUGCUCAAUCUAGAUUGGCUUUGUAGCAUCAUCUGUAGACAGUUUUGAGAAUUUUCAAUCUAAUACCGGAGUUUCUUAGACGGCAAUAGCUUUGUUAUUGACUUGUAUCCGAGUUGUUAAUGCUCAUUUCUUUUCUUAAAAGAUUUGCAGGAAGUUGUGUGUUAAAAUUUCAAUAUAAAGAAGAAUCUACCUCAUUGGUUUUUGGUGCUUG